UUUAUCCCCAACAUAUCUAUCAAAAUGUUAUCAAAGUACCAAUCCUGUGUAUACAAUACCUAACACAUUAACAUCUAAGGCUAAGCAAAUCAUAAAGACAGAAUUUAAUUGAGGUAAAAAAAAAAAGUCUACAUCUGCUCUUGUCUUUCAAAUAUAAUUUAAACUUUAAAUAAAAGAGCGUUUAUGAAGGAAUAUAGGUCGGCAUGGUCAAUCUGGACAGGAUUUUGGGUCAGCCAAAUAAAAGAGGAUGAAUUGAAAUCCCGCACGAUCCUCCAUUCAAAACUCGCGCCCUCUAGAUCAUCAAGCAAGAAGCAACAGUGUUCAAUGUGAUAGUGGUGAGCGGUGUAGCGUGGAUGUGUGCGUCCAUCAAUCUUUCGCAGCUACGCCUUUCCGUGAGGCGGCUGGAGCAGGAAAUCGCCGAGCCGUGCUGCAGAGAGGAAAGGAUGGCAGGUGGUGCCGCGGUGAGCACUCCCAACACAUGCAGGAGGAAAGAAAGGAUGGCAGGUGGUGCCGCGGUGAAAACUCCCAACACAUGCAGGAGGAAAGAAAGGAUGGCAGGUGGUGCCGCGGUGAACACUCCCAACACAUGCAGGAGGAAAGUGAGUACCUGCUUCAUUACAUCAUGUGCCCUCUAUUUUGGAUUUUUUUUUUUUCAUUUCAACGGAAACCUGUUGCCUGCCUUUCUCCUGUCAGCUUCCCACGAAUCUGUGAAGGAAAGAAAGGAUGUGCUUCCAUGGUAUCGUGUCAGUAGUGUUAUCCAUUGAAGGAUUAGUUUAAACCUUUUUCCAAUGCGUUGUUUUUGUCUCCCAUG